AUGAGCAACAUAUAUAUAUCAGAACCGGCCACAAAUGGAAAGGUUAUUCUUACCACCACCGUUGGUGAUAUCGAGAUUGAGCUAUGGUCCAAGGAAACACCACUUGCUUGUAGAAAUUUCGUUCAGUUGUGCAUGGAGGGCUAUUACGACGAUACAGCAUUUCAUCGGCUUGUAAAAGGCUUUAUAGUUCAAGGUGGCGAUCCCUCGGGAACAGGUGAAGGAGGAGAAAGUAUCUAUGGGGCGCCAUUUAAGACUGAGUCUCAUUCUCGUCUUUCGUUUAAUCGACGAGGUCUUCUCGGAAUGGCCUGUCCUGAACCCAACUCUAACGGAAGUCAGUUUUUCUUUACUCUUGGCGAAGCCCUUGAAUUGGAUGGCAAGCACACACUAUUUGGUCGCGUCGUUGGGAACACUCUCUUCAACAUGCUCCGUCUAGCGGAUGUUGAGGUUAUAAAAGGUGACCGGCCAACUCGUUUGCACAGAAUACUCAAAACGAUGGUUGUUCUGAACCCUUAUGAUGACAUUGUUCCUCGUCGCCUGAGGUCUAAAAAGUCAAAAGAGGAGACUGAAACAGAUGUACAGCCGACAGCCAAGGCAACGAAAAAUUUCUCCCUAUUGUCCUUCGGUAGCGAAGCUGAAGAAGAGGAACAGGUUAUUUCUGAAGUUGAGCAGAAACUUCGUUCCCGUGGUAAAAGCGCCCAUGACCUUGCGAACGACGCGAGGCUUUCGAAAGAAACAGUUUUGAUUUCUGAAGCGGAUGCUCAGGCAGCAGCUGAAACGGCUGCUCUAUUAGAAGCAGAGGCGGAGGAACGUAGACGUCGCCGGGAACUGGCUUCUCGUCUUGAGACCGAAGAAGAAAGGAAACAAAAACAGAAAAGAAUGGAUGAUCUCCGGGCAGAGGCAGAUAAGGUGCGCCGUGAUAUUGCUCGGACAAUGCGGGCGGCGAAUGAUCGCGAGGCCGCUGCUGAGAAGGCUCGAAGGGAAGCUCAGUUGAAGGCGGAUCUUAAAGCGGAGGAAGAAAAGCGCGCAGAGGCUUGGGAAGAGGAGCAACGCAAAAAAGCCGAAGCGGGGAUCAUUGCGACCGCCAAGCCUAUGGUCGAUAACUUUUCCGAUGAGGUUGCCAGCUAUAGAGCAAGGUCGAAGAAACUCAAAGAUCGGAACAACAGAGAGGAACAGACAAUGAACAUGUUGAGUCGUUUUGAAUCGCGACUUUUAAAUACCCUGAAAAAGUCGAAUGGCGAUAACAACGCUAGCGAGUCUGUGACCAGAGAUGACACAUCUGCAGAUCCUGUUUCAUGGCUGCGUUGCAAAUUGUUAUCUGAGGAACCGGCACCUGCGAGAAAAGUCAUGGACCCGGCCAUUGACAACCCCGACCGCCACGACCUUUACGAUCCUCGAAAUCCCCUCAAUAUGCGAAAGCGAGGCGCCGUUGCAGAAGGGGGCAGCAGCGGUGAUGGAAGUCACCAGAAACGAAGUCGGAGGUAG